AUGGCAGGAAUGAGCGCAGCCCGCGGCAACGGCAGCCAACCGCAACGGACCGCCCCCAGCGUUUACGGCGAGGACGGCGUGACCAUCAUUGGCAUGAUCGGCGUGGUACGCGAAUCCGCGGCCAACCAGGGAGCCACGUUGAGCCUGUUCGGGGGCGGGAUCAACCCGGGCGCCGAAGUGCCGUCGGGGGUGGAUCCGGACUACAUCCUCGACUUUGCCCGCACGCACGAGGCGGCCGGUUUCGACAUGGUGCUGACCGGAUAUUCUUCGUCGACGCCGGACGGGUUCGAGGUGGCGGGUUAUGCGGCGGCGCACACCGAGCGGCUGGGUUACCUGAUCGCGCACCGGCCCGGCUUCGUCGCGCCCACGCUAGCGGCGCGGAAGGCGGCCACGCUGGACCAACUGACCAACGGACGCAUUGCGUUGCACAUCAUCACCGGGGGCAACGACAUCGAGCAGCGGCAGGACGGCGACUGGCUCGACCACGAUUCGCGGUACCGGCGCACGGACGAUUACCUGGACGUGAUGCGGCGCAUCUGGACGGAGACGGAGCCCUUCGACCACGCAGGGGAGUUCUACCAACUACAGGCGGCGUACAGCCAGGCCCGGUGCCGGCAGAGUCCGCACGUACCGCUGUUUUUCGGCGGAGCGUCGGAGGCGGCGCUGGAUACCGCCAGCAGGCGCGCGGACCUGUUCGCGCUAUGGGGAGAGCCCAGGGCGUCCAUCGCCGAACGCAUCGCGGAUGUGCGCCGACGGGUGGCGGCGACGGGUCGGGACCCGGCAGAAAUGCGGUUCAGCCUAUCGGCACGGCCCAUCAUCGCCGCAAACGGAGGAAAAGGCCUGGCAACGGGCGGAGGAGAUCCUGGCGCGGAUCCAGCAGGCGACGGCGGGACGAAUCACCCCGGGCGUGCCGACGCGGCCGCAGUCGGAAGGGCGUGGCGUCUGCUGCGGUUCGCGGCGGAAGGCAACGUGCACGACGAGCGGCUGUGGAUGCCCAUCGCGGCGGCGAGCGGCGCGUCGGGGAGCACCACCUGCCUGGUGGGCACGCCGCAGCAGGUGGCGGACGCGCUGCUGGCGUACUAUGACCUGGGGUGCAGCGCGUUCAUCAUACGCGGGUUUGACCCGCUGGCGGACGCCGCCGAUUACGGCAAAGAGCUGAUACCACUGGUGAGGGAAGGAGUCGCGCAGCGCCGGCGAGUCGGGGUGUGA